CUCUUGCAACAUAUAAAGCUGUAAUUCCAAUGAAAAGUUUUGGGGGUGUUUUUCUGCAUUUGCUAAAGCUCAACCAUGCUUAAUAUCAACUUUCUCUUAUCAAUUCUUCUUGCACUUAGCUUAGUCCAAAAAGCUCAAGCAGAAACAGACUCCACUACAACCGUGACAAUCACUCCUUAUGUUACGGCCACUACUUACGUUGGUAUGAUCGAACAAAUUUGGGAAACCGAUUAUAUUUAUACUGAUGGUUCUGGGAAGUUAACAACUUAUACGACUUUUGGUACCGUGUUUACUUAUGAUACCGAUAUCACUACACCAACUGCCGCUGCUUCGAACGUGGCUGCUACUAGUGCUCCUACCUUAACAGACUCUUCGGUCUUGUCUUUAGGAAGUCCGGUUUCUUUUCUUAGUUCGUCACCAUCGGGUGUGUCAAGCAUCCCUUCUCUGUCCGAAGUGAUUUCCUCUCCUGCUUAUGAGAGUUCUAGAGCUGUGUUGGCUCCUUAUUACACUGGAUCAGUCUCCUCGUCAUUGAUAUUACCUCUGGAAUCUUCAGCAUUGACUUCUGCUCAAGCUUCUUCAGUAUCGAGUUCAUCGGCUGCUUCAGCAUUGAGCUCCUCUGAUCCAGCUCCUUCACCUUUAAGCCCAUCAGCUUCUUCCAACUCAAUCUCACUCACUUCUGCCAAUUCUCUUGCAUCAAGUGACCCCAAAGCAUCAUCCGAACCUGCUUUAUUACUGGGAGCCUUCUCAACCACCGAAAUACCGUGUUCUGUUCCCGAUGGUGACUACACCACUUCAACCUCAUCUACAAAAAGCACGUUAAAUGAUGGUUCUACAGCAGUACUUGAAUACAUUGUCUUAUUCACUGAAGACUGUGGUUGCUAAUCUUUCCCUCAGGCUUUUAGAUCUGUACACUAGCUUUUCUUUUCUCUUCGUUCUUCCCCUUGGCUAUUCUAUGUAAUAUUAAC